UUAUGUAUGUUGUGGCAUUGGGAUUUGGUGGUGGUGCUGCUGCUCUUGCAACUGGUGAAGAUGAUGAUGAUGUGGAGGUGGGAGAGGAGGAGCAGAAGAAGAAGAGGACAUGGCAGGGGGGCGGAGGAGGAAGAGAAAGAGCAAAGGGGGAGGAAAGGUCUGUUGCAGGAGUGGGACAAGGUAGUAGACAAGAAAUAUAUUUAUAUGUGGGUGAAGUGGGACAAGGUAGUAGACAAGAAAUAUAUUUAUAUGUGGGUGAAGGUUGUAGGAGGAGAGGAGGAGGAGAAGGAGGAGGAGGAGAAGGAGGAGGAGGAGGAAGAGGAGGAGGAGGAGCAGGAGACAAAAAGGAGAAAGAGAAGCAGGAACAGCAGGAUGGGAAAGAGGAGAAAGAGUAGAAAGGAGAAAGUAAAGAAGCAGCAGGAGGAGGAGAAAGAGAAGGGGGAAGAGGAGGAGAAAGAGAUGGUGAAGGAGAAGCAACAAGAGGAGAAAGAGAAGGAGAAAGAGAGAUGCGGCGGCAUUGGAGCUUCGACCGCUAUCGAAGUCGCGAAGAGGAGAUUGUGAAGAAGAAGGUUUGAAAAAGACUGAAAGAGAGAUGAAAGGUCAGUUAUGGGAGAGAGAGUAGGAGCUCUCAUGCUCUCUGAGACGAGGACACGUGUCAUGUCAUCAUGGCUGCAUUAUCGAACGACACAAUGAAUUAUCGCCGGCAUGCGGCAAGAUGAAAAAGACGACGACAACGACGACGGCAAGUCCAUGUCCAUAUUCAAGCCUGAAGUCAGCUUGUAGGUGGCGACGAUCUCAUUUAUCAUGUGUUUGGCUUUAUUGAAGUUUAUUCCCUUUGGCAGACAAGGGUUCAAUUCCUCAUUGCACCCACAAAUUGGGGGUUUUGCUGUUAUGGAUGCGAAACUCACCGAGAAGUUGACGUUGUGACUCGACAUACAAAUCGCCCACAGGAUCUGAGACGUCUAACAUGAAAUCCAAUCAAGUGGCCUAAAUUCUUUUAAAGAGUUUUUGCCCCAACCGACAAGAUCAUCUGGUCGGUCAUUCCGACACAACAUCCACGACCAGAUUUGGAGCAAGGAUUUAUACAAUUUACAUAUUAUUAUUAUUAUUUUUAUGUUCGUCGCUCGUCUCCCUCCACUACUUCUCCUUCUCAGUACCAUUUGCGCUGCACCGUUUGCAAGAGCAAACUAUCAUCGCAUAUGAUCAUCGUUCUUUGAAACGCAAUAUUGCGUUUCAAAGAACUUUGCACGUAAACACACUUCAUGACUUGUUUCCCGCAAAAAAAUUUCUUUGUGCGCCAACGCAAAUGAAGAAUCGGGACAAACAAGACACUCACCUCCGACCGCUCCCGAUUUUUAUUUUAUCUUUUAUUUUUUUUGAGAACCACUCCCGAUUUUAGAUGUCUGCUGUACAUGCAUCCCAAGCUGAAGAAUCGUGACAAACGAAGAAGCUUCAAAUUUGGUCACAUUGGGGACAAUUUGGUCUGCUGAAGGAUUGACAUUCAUUCAAUUGCUUUGCUCCAUAUCAGCAGGAAAAAAAAAAAAAAAAAAAAAAGUUUUUUGUCCCCCCCUUUUUUUUAUCUUCACACGACGGCAGUGCGGUUGUGACAGAUUCAGAUUCCGAACGCUGUUUUGUUCAUCAUCACACAGUGCUGCCAACCGUAGAUCGGCAGUCUUUGUUCUACGGGGACAAAUUUGAAAUUUUGUCCACUUUGGGCAACUUGCAAAUUUGUCCAUCGGCAAAUAAAUUUGUCCAUUGGCAGGGACAAAUUUUGCUCGCAAUAGUGUUUACUGUGUUUGACCAAUUUCGUCAACAACUUGCCGGGGGGGGCAAAAUACCUUUUUAUCUUCUGACAAAUCGUAGUAGAUCGGUGGUACAAAUUACACAUUUUGCGCGCAACAGAGUGGUUGACCAACUUGGUCAAAAGUUGCGAUGGUCCAUCGGCUUGCAUGCCGGGUGUGAUAUCUCGCAAGGUGUGCGAGAGAGUCGGACUUGGGUAGCAGAAUAUGGAGAAUGGGUGGUUGGGGUGGAUCUGGGAAGUAGGUACAAAUGUUGUUGCACGCAAUAGAAAUAGAGCGAGUGUUUGGGAGAGUGAGAAAGGUGAAUUUUGAAUGCUGUCCUUCACAACAGCAGCAUUUUGCCGCAUAAGCCUUAAGGUAGAUAGUACGCUGAAUAGUACCAUCUCUGAGAACUAAGUUAAUGAAUAGUGAUGACAUAA